ACCUAUAUGUGACUACCUUGAUGUACUCUUAUCUCUUCUAACUGAGGACAAAAUUCCACGAGAAACCUUAAUAAUUGCGACUCCAUCGAUGGGCUUAGUAUGAUCUAGAGCUAUUCCUGGAUCUCCACGAUCCCCCCCUCAUUGCCGUUUCAUAUAGAAAGUCUAAGCUUGGAGAGACUAAGACACCUACCUACCUACUCAAUCAAAACUUGCAUAUUACUCCAGCCAUGGGUUCCAACGAGGUACCAUCUGUUGUUAAUCCGUUACACCCCUCGAUAGUCGACAAGGUAGAUCCGAUCUUUGCCGAGAUCUACAAUCGCUACCAAGCACCCCAGCUGCGAGCAGACCAAGUUCCGUAUGAGGUAUACAACAAAGACAGACCCAAGUAUACCUUUCCGACUGCCAAGGUCAGCGCUGGGGCCCCGGAUGUAGCCAGCAAUACCAUCUACAAGAUCCCCGUCUCGAACCCUUCUGGCGAGAUAGCUAUACAGGUGUAUGUACCGACCCCGGACGCAAUUGCCAGUGGUGGGCUCGAGAAGGAUGGAUUACUACCGGCGCUUGUCAAUUUCCACGGUGGUGGUUUCGUCAUUGGAGGGUUGGAAUCGGACGAGUCUUUCUGUCGAACCCUCUGUCAACGACUUGGCAGCAUUAUAGUCAACGUCGACUAUCGACUUGCUCCAGAGUAUCCACACCCUGUAUCUGCAACGGAUAGCUGGGAGGCGUUGAAAUGGACGUUUGGGAAUGCGGGGAAGUUGAAGAUAGACCCUUCUCGCGUAGCAGUUAGUGGUCUUUCAGCCGGAGGUUGUAUUGCAGCAGUGCUUGCCUUGCUGGCUCGGGACGAACCAAGUGUACCGAAUCUAGUCGCGCAAGUGCUCAUCGUGCCUGUGAUCGACGCAAGAUAUAUCCCGACGGAGGGUUCAUGCGACCCUGCGAAGACACCGUACAAGAGCUACGUUGAUUUCGAGUUCGCUCCCAUGUUGCCUCUCCACCGUCUGGUCUGGUUCUACAACCUGUGGAUAGGGACGGAUGAAAGCCGCGCAGAGAAAGCGAACGAUUUCCGUGCAUCGCCUAUUGUUGCAGAGUCGCACGCGAAUCUCGCGCCAGCUAUUAUACGAUGUGCUGAAAUCGAUCCGCUCGUAUCGGAGGGUAUUGCGUACCACGAGAAGCUGACGGCAGCCGGGACUCCUAGUAAACUGAAGAUAUAUAAGGGACAAGGACAUCCCUUUGGUCAUUGGGACGGGGCGAAUCCAACUGCGAAAGAGUUCGUUAGCGACUGUAUCAGUGAGUUGAGAGCAGCAUUUGCCACGAAAUAGGGGGUGUUUCCAUGUAUAAAUGUAUCUACCAUUGUUACGAUUUGCAAAGGAGUUCAGAUUACACUAGGUUAGUCUCUGACAUAAGAAUGAAUGAAAAUAAUUACACUGG